AUGCAGCCUCCUCAGCAUCACUUAUCCCGUGUCGUCCUCGCCGUCCUGAUCUCACUGGCGGCCGUUGGGACUCAAGCAGCGACACUCAGGGGAGAUGAAGACGUAUCAGAUCUAGCUGCAAGAUUUAGAUGGCGCGACCCCUACAACUGGCAGCUGGCUCUGGAGAGGGAUAUAGCCGUCCCUACCCUGCCAGAUGGCCACAAGAAGUUCCAGUUCUACGUCCUGGAUGAGAGCGGCCAGCUGGUCCAGGAAUGGCUCACGCUCCAGGAGAUUCAGGUGAGGGAUUCGGAAUCAGGUGAGGAAGAGAUUCGGACACUCGAGGGGACAGUGGAAGAGGGCAGAAGAGGAACGCGGCUCAGGAGAAUCAACUGUUUCUUCCCGCAGGACCUCCUGAUUAGGGUCGGACCAAUCUUCAGGUUCGAGGGCGAGGCUUCCGGUCCUUCUACAGACAGCCCUGAAGACAGCAUCCACCAGGUCAUUGCGUCGGUGCAGCAGGUGAUCUCAGAGGAGUUCGCCCACACGCAGAGACUCCCCCUCGCCCCCCACCCUUCCCGCUCCCCCCUCGGGCCCUCCAACUCCUCCCACAACGACUCGUCCUUCCAAGCCACCGGGGAAUCCAUCGACAUCCCGGAAGCCAUCCUCCACAACCUCAUGAGCCAUCCUUACUUCACGACGUCCUGGCUGACCCCGCCCACGACGCGGCCCGAGGAGACGACGGCCAAUCCGUGGAUGCUUGGAGGCGAGGAUCUCAUCGAGGAGGCCGUUGAGGAGGUCACCGAGGCUCUGGAGGCCAGCGAAGGAUUCACGGAAGCCGCUACCUCGACGGGCUCUGAAGGGGUUGGCGGUCAGGACGAAGGAGUCACCGAGAGUGCGAUUGCAGAGGCGGCGCUGGAGGAAUCCGUCGUUACGGAAAGUGCGAGUGCUGAGGUCGUCAUUCCUGAGGAGGCUGAUCUCAAGGCCUCUAGCGACUCGGGUGAGGUCAAAGGCGACUCGCAAAUCACGGAGUCGACCGGCAUUGACGAAACAACAACGGAAGGAAUCCCAGCACGGGCUUCCGAUUCUACGACCUCUGCCUCGGAGACGACCACGCCCCAGCCAACGCAGAGGCCUCUCCUCGACCGCUGGAAUUCUCGCUUCCCCGCCUGGACCGCCUUCCCCGGCCGCGAUUCCCCGACAACCAUUGCCAUUCCCACCUACGACCUGGAGCCCGCGGACGACUACAACUCCAGCCCUGUCGGCCUUUCGGGAGUCGAGAGCCCUGUGGACGAUGAUGUCGGUUAUGAGGUCGGAUUCACGACUUGGAAUUAUCCAGGAAAACACAACGAGGCAAUGGAUGAAAUGCCUACGACCGCAGGCGCCGAUAAGCUUCUAGAAGAUUCUGCAACAAUGCAACCAGAAAACAGCAAUCAAGAAAGACCGACACAGGGCAUCCUCUUGGUCCCUGACAACGAGAAUUCCCUUCCUCGAUCUACCACACCUGCUUUGGGUUCAUCUGAAGUCGCAACCGUUAAUGACGUCAUGAUCAUACCUACUACAGAGUCCAGUAUGAAUGAAACUGCGGGGACAAUGAAUUCGACGGAAUCUGACAACAAACAGGUGACAGAAAUAAGUCCUUCUGAGAUUGAAGUUGAAUCCUAUUCGGUGACAACUCUGUCUCCAACGACCACGGCGCCUGAGAAAUCCCAGGACAUGACGUCAGUACCUGAAAUCCCUGGUGGUAAUCUACAGAUGGAAAAAGAUGGUACUACUGAAUAUUACCCAUGGUCAACUGACAAUAUCAAUCAAUAUUUCCCGUUGAUGAGUGACCCACUGCUCUCAGAUGAAGCUAUGACGUUGCUUGACAUCUUCCAGUUUCAGGGUGAUGCAUCCGGCCAUCUUGGAGACGCGCCGCACUAUGACUUCCCAGUAUUUAAUGACAAACCUUCUCAGAGCUCUGAAGAACUCACAACUGAAAGUGAUGUAGCCAUGGAUGACCAAGACUCAGCCACGGAAUACUCCAUUAUUCAGGAUCUUACCACUGACGUAGCUCAAGAUACGUCGCUACAGGAGGCUCCCAGCGAUUUAUCAGGACAGGAUAUGUCCAAUCAGAACUCCAGUGUGGAGAACCUGGAAACCGCAAGUCAGACCACCCAGUACCCCAUAACAGAUGGCCCAUCAACUCAAUACCCAGAUACCCAAGCCCCCAAUACCGAGGCCCCAGUCAGUCAGUCUACCACUACCAAAGACCAAGCAUCGAGCAUCCCGCCGUUGACAAUCAGUGCACUCCUCCAGGAAGUGACGAGCCAAUCUCCUGUCGUUCAGGACACCACGACGGAACAACCUAGUUCUCAGGAAACGACUGAACAAGCCCGAGAUCCCCAAACGACAACCACUCAGGCUCCACUCCCUCUCUACUCCGCUACAAUCCCGUCCUCCUUAAGUCCCGCAUCAACCCGCGCGGAACCCGACCUUCCUGAACCGAAAACGAGAGAACCUACAACGGCCACCCAAGAACCGACGGAGAACCCAACCGAGGAACCCUCACCUGCGACCCCAACGACGCUUGCAAACCUUCCAUCCACGGAUCCCCCGACGUCGACGCAAGGCACGAAACGACCGGCGAUUCUUCCUUUGUAUGAUUAUUACUACAACGACAACUCUAACGUCCUGCCUCCUGUCCCGGCGAGCAACGAGGAGAGGAUAGAUCUGGGGGCGCUGGAGAGGACCGGUGAUCAGACAGAGGACUACUACUACGAAGACUAUUAUCCGUCUGACUUCUACCUGGACAACGUUACUGAGGAUUACUACGACUACACCAACAAGUCCCAAUCCGCCCCGAUUCUGAAUGGCACCGACCUCGACUUCCCCGGACCGAACGCCACGAGUCCUUACCAUGAUCACCACCAUGGAGAGCACCAUGGAGACCAUCACGGGUCUCAUCACCAUCCCCAGAGCCAAUCGGGACCACCGGCGAAGCUCCUGGAUGCUCCGCCGAACAACCCUGGUCUCGAAGCUUCGGUCGAAGGACUCGAUCCGGACGUCAGGAAGUUUGUGGAUGUGAUGAAUGACGUUGUUUUUAAGGUGUACAAGAAAGCUGCCAGACAAUACAAGAGGAAAAACUUCGUCAUGUCCCCCUUGAGUCUAAUCUCCACCUUGAGCAUGCUCCUCCUUGGGGCUCGAGGAAAAUCUGCAGCGGCCCUGAGCGACCUCCUCCUCACGGAUCAGUUCUACACAUUCAAUCCUCACCUCAUACUCAAGAACGUGACUCAAGUCCUACUCGACAAUGACGGCGCUCAUGACGUGGUGUUCCUCAACCAGUUCCUCGUGGAGAAGCCCAAGAACCCUUACUCCCUAGACUUCUUCGCCCGCACCAUCAAGUUCUUCUACGACGCCAGCGUGAGCCAAGUCACGCCCCCCGAGCUCGACUCCCACGUGCGCGACCGAGUCAACGAGUUGGUGAGGAACGUUACCUUCGGCGCCGUCGGGGACUUCCUCCUGCAGGACGAGCCUCUUUACCUGACUCCGCCCCUCAGCGCCGUCUCGACCAAUUUCUUCCACGGCCGCUGGAAUACGCCGGUGACCCAAGAUGACCUCUUCGAUAUGGACUUCCUGCAAUUCCCGACGGCGGAGAGGCGACUGGUGAGGACUGUCGGGCUGUCGAAGAAGAUGACCAUUAAUGCUGGUUAUUCUAGUGCUGCUGACGUCACCACGGCUGAGAUUCCGUUUUACUCUCGUCUGGGUGAGCUGUCCCUCAUCGUCGUCAUGCCCGGGAAACAGAAGGACUUCGUUGCUAACGGGCUGGCACAGCUAGAGGCGUCCCUGUCACCUGCGAAAUGGAGUCAGGUGCUGAGAUCGAUGCUGCCCAACACAGUCCAGUUCCAGAUGCCCGUCUUCAGACACAGGGCCUUCCAUAACUUCUCAGAUAUCCUCCAGGACGUAGGCCUGAGUGAGCUCUUCCAGGCUGACAAGGCGGACUUCUCGGGGAUCAACAACGUGAAGGGCCUCCGCCUGAGCGACGUCGUGCAGCUCACGGAAUUCCAGUCGUGUCAGAUCGAGGAGCCCCUCCAGGACGGAUCCAGAAGGGCCCGCAGGACGGCUCAAGGAGGCGACGUCGACGAAACAGGCCCGACGGCUUACUACAGGCAGACAUACAUUUACGGCCUUCCUAUGUUCGAUUACAAGCGGUGGGGGAAGGACGAGGAGGAGGUGGAGGAGGAGCAGGAUCUCGACAUGGGAUAUGCCUCCGUCGAGUCCUUCCAGACAGCCAAGUCGUCGCAGUCGCCCUUCGUGGCCUCGCUGAAGACCGAGACGCCUCCUCCUCCCCCGGACCUCACUUCCUCGAAGACCGAGUGGAACGACAACGGCUUCUCAGGACUUCAGGCGGAGUCCCUUCUGCGCCAUGACCUGCUGGACUACUACGGGCCUCUGCCCUCCGCCCCCGACGAGAACCGGGUCAACCGCAUGGGCAUACCGACAGGACGCAAGCCUGCCACAGGAGGGACGUACUACAGACAGGACGACACGGGGACGCUGGCCUUCGACCGCGCCUUCCUCUACGUCGUCAGACACAACCCGACGGGCUUAUUGCUCUUCAUGGGGCGCUACCUCGACCCAGCCGCCAACUAAACCCUCGCUUUUCCUUUAGUUUUUAAGAUAUGUUCCAUUUCCUGCGUGGCAUUUUAGCGUUAAAGUAUUUAAACUUUCUUUUGUAUAGUUUGUAUUCUAGGUAGUGACUAAUUUCCCUGUUCUUUCUUUUGAACUCACGUGUGAUAUAGUGAAAGUGAUAAUUUCUAUCCAGUAGAUUAUUCUCUAAGUAAUCUUACCAGUACCAACGAGCAAUAAUGAAAACGCAAUCAUUACAAAAUUGUACCUGAAAUAUUUAUCACCUGGAGGAAAAAUGGACGUUAAAAGUGAAAAGGCGUUUAUGGUAUUGGCAACAAACUGCACUGUAUUUUUACUUCGUUUUGUUUCUGUUUUUUUUUUUUUUUUUUUU